GAUGGCCUCGGCCACCGAAUGCUAAAGGCAGGACUUGCAUUGCUCGCUCACUCAAAACUCACUUGCCUCAUUUGGUAAAUCAUCGGCCCCUCGCCCUCUCUCGGUCUCGCACUCUAUCGAAUACUCCGCGUUCGCUUUAAUGGACGACCUCCCACCGCCGGAGCUGCCUUCCAAUGGCGGCGUCGCUGUGGCGCCACCGCUCGAGGCUCCGGAUGCUCCGAUGCCGGGAACCAAGCGGCAGCGUCGCCCCAGUGUGCGCCUCGGGGAGAUAGGCGACCAGCCUGCUGCUAUCCCCUCCGAGCCCCACCUCCGCCGCUCCAAGCACUGGAAUCUCUCCGCCCACGGGGAUAACGCCAAGCCCCGUGUUUACCACCAUCCUUCCGCCCACAGGCAGCCCUCCAAGACCCGCCAUCUCACCACCCUGGCACCUCGCGGGGACGGUGCGUCGGAUGCGCUCCCUCCGCCGCCGCCGCCGAAUCUUACUGACGAUGGGGCACUCCUCUCCGUCGACGAGAACCUUGACCCGCUCAGCGCUGGAGUGAAAAGAGUCAGCCGCGAUCCGAAGCCGUGGCGCGGCGCGAGGCGGGUUCGAUCCAGCUGGGCCUCGAAGGAAGAGGAGGGAGUGGAAGGCGCCGACUUCAAAACCGUCGGCGGAGAGGAUGCCGCAGACGACGGAUUACCAGAACCGACUGGGAGUCCGUCGGAGAGGAACGACAGGAGGACGGCUGGGGUUAGGGUUAGGGUUUCCGAGAGUAGGGACGUCGGGACUGAUGCAUUGGCGGAUGCCCCCUCGGAUACGGAUGGAGGAGAUUGGUUUGAUCGGGACGGACAUUGGCGAUCUGGGGAGGAUGGCGGGGUGCGGUCCUGGCUCGAGGGAUUGGGACUGGGCAGAUAUGCACCUGUUUUCGAGAUACACGAAGUUGAUGACGAAGUGCUGCCGCUGCUAACGUUGGACGAUCUGAAAGACAUGGGGAUCAAUGCGGUAGGCUCCAGGAGGAAGAUGUUCUGUAGCAUCCAGAGGUUAAGGAAGAACAUGGAUUCCUAAAGUGAACCCAAAGUUUGUUCAACAUCAGGACAAGGCAUCCGAUACCCAUCUUCGCAGUCUAAAUACUUUUGGUGAACUCUAACUUACAUCAAUUUGCUUACAAUCUUUCUCAGAAUUAUAAUGCCCCGCAUGUUGUAAGCCAUAUAUUUCCUGGACCAUUGUAUACUUCAUGUUGCUUUCUUUCAGAAAUACUAUGAGAGAUGCCUUCUAAUCUAACUAUUUGAAAUUCUAGAUUAUGUAGUUUUCUUACAAAGAGCUUCCUUGAAAUAUUGUCAUUGCCCCAUGAGAAAAUUAAGCAUAAGACUUAUCAAUUACUUCAACCCAUGUGUUUUCUACCUCACGUGUUUUUGAUAAAGGCAUUGCAGAUCAUCUUAUGGAAUCUUGUGGCCCUUUGUUCUGAGCUGUGUGCUUCAUGAUGUUCUGAAAAUAAUGGUGGCCAAUCCACAGCUUAUGGUUGUUAUUAACAUUUGGUGGAAAGCGCGAUUGACCCUUACCUUCAUAUGCGUCUACAAUGCAUGGGAUUGUUGGUCAAUGCACAAUUACCUCAACUCGCUUAAGAUUAAUGCCAUCUUUGGGUCUAAUCCAAGAUUUUGAAAUUUCCUUCCUAGUCUGGGUUUCGGUUCCUAACCAGAACAAAACGGUAUUUAAUACUGUGCUCUUGGUGCCAACCUGCGGCACCAGUGGCACCAAUAAGCAAGAGUAAGGAGGCAGCAGAAUUGGAAGUAGGCAAGGGCAAGCAGCAGCAGAAGAAAAGAAAAUUUUGGCUCAUGGAAGAAGGAAGCGAAAGAAGAGUAUUACUUGUGACUCAGGGAAGAAGAAAGAAAAGGAGUCGCCACAGCUAAUGAAAUACCAGUAGUGCUGAAUGAAGGGGCAGGGCACUAGGAUUUAGCCAUGAGCCUUAUCUCACCUGCUCAAAACUCGCCUAGCUGCAGUCGCGUAGAAGAAAAUUGCUAGAAAGACCAAGCAGCAAUUGUUGCGGAGUGGCAAUUGUUUUAGAUCUUUGUGCAAAUCAAUAUUUCAUUGUUGGAUAUAUUUUAUUCUGAUUGUUUUCCUUAACUGCCAGUAGGGUUUUAAUAUUGGAGCUGGCUGAUAAGGAUUGACAUAUUAGAAGAAUGUCUCCUAAUUAUUCAUGUCCUUAGUGGCCUUAUUGUUAGUGCAUACUACAACUGAAGAUUAGAGACUGCAUCGGUUAUUGACCUAUCCACUGGUCCAACUGCACAUCUAUUAAGAUCUUUGUAAAUUGGAACUGAACUUUUUGAGUUUAAGAUUGUUCUGCAAGAUGUAGACA